GACAUAAGAAACUUAUGCAUGAAAAGCAAAAUAUGGAUCCAUAAGCCAGCUGAAUACUUGUAUCAUGCAACAACUCCCCCCUAAACACAUGGAUCACACUCUGACUGCUUGACUCUGAAAAUUAUUCAUUUAGCUCUUUCUCUACACCUUCUGUUUCAUUCUUCAGAGUUUGUUCAGUACUAGUUACUGAGGUUUUUCACUUUGAGCCAAGAGACUGUGCUUAAAUUAUUUUAAAAAACAAAGAAAAAUUACAAGGCAAGGAGAGACGAAGACGAACGCGUAGAAGAAGAAGAUGAAGAAGCUUGUGUUUGUUCAACAGUUGAAAUGUGGAAACUAGGAAGCAGCGAAAAUAUCAGAAUUUCUUUAUAGACAUUUGAUAUACAAAUGUGGUUUUUGCAGCUGGGGAGGAACCCCAUUGUAAAAUCUUCCCAAGCCUUUCUUUGUUUUCUUCUCCUCUGUGCUGCCAUCUUCGUCUCUAUGCGCUUGCUUGAAACUACUAAUUUUGUCAACAAGGUAGCGGUGAAUCCCAUGAAUUUGCCAUUAAAAUGUUCUAGUGGUAACAACACUAGAACCUGCCCUGCAAAUUUUUACUUCACCGGAUCCAGGAAAGAUGAUGAUCAAGGCGUCUUAACGCCAAGGUGUCCUAAUUAUUUCCGCUGGAUUCAUGAAGACCUACGUCCGUGGAAAGAGACAGGGAUCACAUUAGAAAUGGUGGAGAGAGCUAAUAGGACAGCUAAUUUCAGAUUGGUGGUUCUUGAUGGGAGGGCGUAUAUAGAGACAUAUCAAAAGGGCUUCCAGACCAGGGACAAUUUUACGCAAUGGGGAAUGUUACAGUUGUUGAGGAGGUACCCUGGUAAAGUUCCUGACCUGGACCUGAUGUUUGAUUGUGUGGACUGGCCGGUAAUCAGAGCAGCAGAAUAUGCUGGACCUGAUGCUAAAGCACCACCGCCUUUGUUUCGUUAUUGUGGCAAUAGUGAGACACUAGAUAUAGUCUUUCCAGACUGGACAUUCUGGGGAUGGCCUGAAACUGAUAUAGGACCUUGGGAGACUUUGUCAAAGGAAAUAAUUGAAGGGAACAAGAAGACGAGAUGGAAAGACAGGGAGCCUUAUGCUUACUGGAAAGGUAAUCCAAAGGUAGCUGAAAAGAGGAAAGAGCUUGUAAAAUGUAAUGUUUCUGAUCAAGAAGAUUGGAAUGCUCGCAUAUACAUUAAGGACUGGGACAAAGAGCUGGAGCAGGGAAUAACACAAUCAGGCUUGGCGGAUCAGUGCCAUCAUAGAUAUAAAAUAUACAUUGAAGGAUCUGCUUGGUCUGUAAGCCAAAAAUACAUUCUUGCUUGUGAUUCUGUUUGCCUAGUAGUUACACCCCAGUACUAUGACUUUUACACUAGAGGUUUGCUGCCAUUACAACAUUACUGGCCUAUACGGGCAGAUGACAAGUGCAGAUCUAUCAAAUUUGCUGUUGAGUGGGGCAACAUUCAUGAGCAGAAGGCACAGGUCAUCGGGGAGACAGCAGUUAAGUUCAUUCAAGAAGAUUUGCACAUGGACUACGUGUACGAUUACAUGUUUCACCUGUUUAAUGAGUAUGCAAAAUUGUUAAGGUAUAAGCCUACGAUACCUGAAAAGGCAGUUGAGGUUUGUGCAGAGACAAUGGCUUGUCCUGAAAAAGGUUUAGCGAAGAAGUAUAUGACCCAGUCAUUGGUGAAUGCACCGAUGGAUAGGAACCCAUGUACCAUGCUUCCUCCAUAUGAUCAUCAAGGUCUCCGCUGGUAUAAUUUGGGGAAAGAUAACUCAUUCAAAGUAGUUAGAGGUUGGGAAGAUAAUUACUGGGAAGUUGAGCAAAAUAAAAAUAACGAGGGGCAGCUCCCAUGAAGUUCUACUCUUUGUAUGCUGCCUUUUUUGGCACAACAUACCCCUGUAUAUAAAAAAUUAGAUUUAAUAUUUGAAUGUUAUUUUUAGGAGUUUGUAAUUGUGAAGAAAUUUAGACCAUCUUUUAAUUACUCCUAUUUUUACCGUUAUCUGGCUCCUCUUCUUCAGCAGGUUUAUGUCCAGGAACCUCCUCAAUUGUACUGAUGCACCAAAUUAUCUCCUUGCUUCGAUUAUGACUUCCCUUCACUUUAUAUCACAGUAAUGUU